AUGGAAUUUCCAAUUGAAUCUAAAAAUCAAGACUUAUUCCUCAUCAUUGAAGGCGAAAAGUUUGAAAUAGACAGCUGAAUUUUAAGGGACAUAAAUGCAAAACUGCCUACUAUUUUGCCUGCUUCUAUAACAAAAACUCACUUUUCCCAAUUUUGUGCUUUUCUUUCUUCACCAAAAACAAAAAUCAAGGAUCAAGAGUCAUUAUGCAAAAUUUUUGAAAUUGCAGCAAUUCUUCAGCAUCCACUUACUCCCUGUUUUAAUGAUUGCUAGUUAAUUUUCAAAAUUAAUUAUUCACUUUCAUUAAGAUUAAGAUUACGAUAACUCUUUGCAGACCCCCACUUAGCUUAGGGUCAAUCUAAACAAGCUCUUCCUUCAUGAAUUCCAUCCACUAGCUAACAGCUCUGAACAACGGUAGGUGGAAUCGGCCUAACCGUCGAGCCGUUACAGUUGCCUAUGGCCCGGACGAGUCUCUCUUCAUGGCUUGAAUGCGAUUCAAGCACACUUGGGGAUGCCGGAGCAGUUCCAACGCUAAUUUCCUUCAGAAAGGUUGAACUUCCCUCACUAGGACGAGUAUAGGGGACGAGACCCCUAACUCAUACAUUCCAUUUUUAAUUGUAUUCACUCUCAUUAAUUUAUUAUCAAAAAUUAUUUUUUAUAAAUAGAGAAAUAGUGAAAAAAUAUCACAAAAUAUGAUAAUCCCAAGACUUAACAAAAACUCUUCACUUAUUUUCUUUGAUGCAGCCGUUAACCAAAUUAAGACACAAAACAAUGAUUUAUGAAAUGAUAUUUACGAGGCUUGUUUAGUUACAAUUGAUGAUUAUAUUUUUGCAUAUACAAAAAAUGAUUUUUUAUGUCUAUCAAUUGACUCUAUUCAAGCCUUGCUGAAUAUAUAUUACAAUCAACAAGUAGCUUCAACAAUAAUUCUUGCAUUAAAAUUAAAGAGAGAGGCUUUAGGUAUUUUUGAUUUAUUAAACAAAGAAGAGCUAAUUAAUAGCAAGUCAUUCUUCCUACCUGAUAUAGACUAUAAUUGGGUUUUGCCAAAAGACAAAACUACUAUUUACUUCGAAAGCGAAGCAUUUUUAAUAGAAAAUCUCAAAUUUUCACUGAUUUUAAUUAAAUUUCCAAAUGAAAAUAAAUGUGAGCUCUACCUUCAAUCGUCAAGAAACGCUGAAGAACAAAGAAUCAUCACUUUAAGCUACACAUUAAAAAUCGCAGAAAAAAAAUACAAAAAUGUCGAGACAAUUAAUAUGAUUUCUGGGCCAAAUUCCCAGUUUCUUAUUCUCUCAUUCGCUAUAGACUUAAUUAGCCAACAUCUAGAAACCAGAAUAAAUUUCUGCUUAAAAUUAGAAAAGAUUAUGUCAGCAAUCCUCAAUUACAUUGCUGAGAAUCCUGAUGAAAGUUUAUUAAUUGAAGAUCUUUCUACCUUUUCACGUGCUAGGCUAAGCCUAUUACUUAAAUUUAAGCAUUUAAAAAUUGCUAAUGAAGAUGAUGCUUUAAAUUUAGUAGGGAGAUUUGCCCAGGAAAAUAAUAUUAGUCAUGAUGCGCUCUCUGAUCUACUAGGCCCUAUUAAAUGGGAAUUUGUUUCUUCUAGAGCCUUAUUCAGGUCUGCUUUUACUUAUAAAGCUUUAGGAGAGUCUCCAUAUUUUAUCCAAAAAUUUAACCAAGAGUUAUUUUUUAAGACAAAUUGCCAGAAGAGGAAGCAUCAAGAAAGGCCUAGACUAAGCUGUUUAGACCUCAAAAAUGAAGGAAAAAAUGUUCUUGAUGACUUUUGCAAUUGUUUUUUAGAUGAUGAGGAGCCACCAAAAGAAACUGAAGCUGUAUAUUUAAAUGAAAUUUUAUGUAGGAAAGAUUUAGAACUCCAAAACUUAAAAGGCUCAUUCAAUUCUCUCUCUUUAACAAGAUGCACAAGCACUCCUGACAUUAUGCAAACUAAGCCCCAUGACGAAAUGCUUGACAUCAGUCCAGAAUUCCCUCCAAUGUCCCCAAUAAAAAAAUUCAGACGGAGUGAGUCCCCAUUAAACCCAAUUCCUGAGCUUAUUCUCCCAGACAAAGCAGAAACCACUGAUUUCGCAAUUCUCUCACUUCUCAGCAAGCUUGAAAAAUAUUAA